GAUGAGCUGGAGAAAUACACCUCUGAGGACAUCUUYCGCUGCGAUGCCAUCAACACGGAGAAACACUUCCCCUCGCUGCUGCUGCUGGUCGGCCAGCGUGCCGACCAGAAGAAGCCCGACAUUCACUUCUUCAACUGUGAAACCGUGAAAGCAGAGAGAAUCUGUGAUGACAUCGCUCAAGCAGUGUCAGGUUCCUCCAACAAGAGCGAGCCCGAUGAACUCAGGUCCACUCAGAGCGAAGAGGAGAUGCUCGGACAGUACGAGAUACCCAGCCCACCCUUCGCACGUGCUCCAAACCCCCCUCCGGUCAACCCUCCACCUUACCCCGGACUCAGAGCGAAUGGAUUGAACAAUGGGCCUGACGUGGCUUUCCUGCGUGCGGAGAGAGAAGUGGCGAUCCUCAAUCACUGCUUUGAUGACAUCGAGGGCUUCAUGGGCAAACUGCAGCAAACCGCAGACGCUGCGAUGGUGCUGAACCAGAAGAAGAAGAAGAAAAGGAAAAGCAAAAAACAAGCCGCUGAAGAUAAUUUACUCGCUGAAAAAGCCAAACCACCACAGGAGGAGGAAUUCAUUGAUAUCUUCCAGAAAUUCAAAUACUGCUUCUGCCUUCUGGCUCGUCUUAAAUCCACCAUUGCCAGCCCUUCAUCAGAGGAGCUUGUGCACUAUGUGUUCAAGCCUCUUGAUAUGAUGGUAAACACAACGGGGGGCCCGGCUCUCGGAGCGUCGGUAUCCAGCCCCGCCAUGACCACCUCUGCUGUGUCUCUGCUGCAAGACACCCUGACUGAAGACGAACGGGAGCUGUGGACGGCUCUGGGCUCCAACUGGACGCUGUCUCGCUCUCAGCUCAGGAGGCCUGUGGCUCCAUACACACCUGUGUUCGUAGGCGGAUGGGCGCCGGAAGCCUCGGGUCCAGACGGACAGGUUUGGGAGGACCCGGUGGAGUCACAACACAAGUAUGAAGCCCUCCAAGUAAAACAAGAGCAGCAACCCUCUCAGUCACAUGGAUCUCCAAAUAUCUACACCAGCAAUGAAUCAGAAACACUCCCCCCUGAGGGUGAGAGACUCUACAGCUGCAGCUACGACUUCAUAGCCAGAAACAGCAGUGAGCUGUCAGUGCAGCAGGGAGAGACUUUGGAGGUGAUCGAGUCAUCAAAGCGCUGGUGGAAGUGUCGUAAUCGUUUCAAUCAGGUCGGCUUUGUGCCUUUUAACAUCCUGGAACCUGCGGCUCACAUAGAAAGCCCCACCGCCAGCAGACCCCCCAGUGCUCCAGCUGCACCCCCMCUCCCCAAGACUCUGUCUGUAAUCCCACCAAGCCCCCCUGUUCAGCACCUCACUCCUUCCCACUCGCCACAGCACCCUCGCAGCUUACCGCCAUACUCCCAGCACGCGCCAGUCACAGAUGACGCAGACAAAGCUGUGAUGGUGAACGACGAGCUGCUCCACAGGCUGACCAGGGGAAAGGUCAGCCUGAAGAAGCCCCUCGUCAUCCAUCGCUCUUCAGGCACCACCGUCCCCCUGGACUACCACUCUUCUCCCGAAGAAGUGGCCGAGUGGCUCAGAGGGAAGGGCUUUAGUGAACCGACGGUGAAAUGUUUGGGGGUGCUGACAGGAGCACAGCUCUUCUCACUCAACAAGGAUGAGCUGCGAGCUGUGAUUCCAGAAGAGGGUGCCAGAGUGUACAGUCAGCUCACUGUGCAGAGAGCACUGCUAGAGGACGCUAGGCGAGCCACAGAGUUGGAGGCGGUCAUGGAGAAACAGAAAAUGAAGGUGGAUCUGAAGCAGGAGAGCAGCACAUUGUGAGCUGCGACACCAUGUAGAGCUACAGAUGUGUUUUUUCUGCUACAAGCUGUCACCCAGAUCAGACUGUUGUUUGUAUUUAUCAGAAAACAAGCGUGAGAGAGAUGGUGCAUAUUUUAUGAACAGAAACAAGUCAUGGUAGUUAUUUAUGAUGUAAUCGAUUUAAGGGUUGAGAAACUAGUAAGAUAUGUUUGUAAUGCAAGCAGGUGCUUUGCAAAAAAUAAACAUUUAAACACUAAAA